CAUCUUACAGGGAUAAAACUAUUGAAAAAGUUUUCUAUAUUUACAAUAAAACAUGGUGACAAUUCCAUCCAUUAUCCAUUAUAACGUCCCUACUAUAGUAUAUCUUAUACUGCCAUCUAGUAUUAACAGUUAUACACAAAAUUUAAAUUAUAUCAUCAUAAUGAUGAAAAUCAUUUUAACAUCAUGAAAUACGACGUUUGAUAUAACAAUAUAAAUUUCGAGAUGAAUAUUUAGUACCUAUAUAUCCCUUUAAAAUAAUGUUGGCACAUCUGAAAUUUGACAAAGUCUGUAAAACGUAGAAGCAUUCAAAAAAUUUAUUCAUACAGUUUACACAUGAAGCCCUCGGCAAUUCAUCCAAACUAUUUUUAUGUGUAAUUCAAUUUCAGACCCCAACACGCAAAACCAAAAUUAAUCCGUAUGGAAGCUCAAACAUCCGUAAUAUCGAUGGUAUGCAGAAUCUGCUACGAUAGCGAGAAGGAAGAGCCCUUAAUAGCCCCCUGCAAAUGCAAAGGUAGCGUCGCAUUUGUGCACAGAUCGUGUUUGGAGAAAUGGCUGGCGGAGGCCAACACGUCCAGCUGUGAGCUGUGCCAUCAGGAAAUUAAAACUGAAAGAACCCCAAAGUAUACAACGUCACACUCCCUGUUGGUGUGGUGCAUUUCGCGGCACCAGAACACCAGAGGAUUACGCGGUGACAUAACUGCGUGUGCUUUCAUCACACCUUUGGCAAUUGUUGUCACCUAUGUGUGUCUGUUUUCAUCUGAUUAUUACAACCAGACUAGGUUUAAUAGUAUACCAGCUGCCAAAUGGACUUCAGUGUCCUUAUUGGUAAUGAUUGCUGUUAUGCUAACUGGGUAUUACCUGUGGACAUAUUCAGUUAUUAGGUUGCAUGCCAGAUUAUGGUACAGUUGGUGGCAAAGGGAAGCAAUUGUUAGAUAUCUUCCAUCCAGUACAUUAAAUUUGGCAAGUAAUGAUACUUUGGUUCAUCCUCCAAGCAACACACCUGCAUCAAUUUCUGGAGAAAGUGAAAUUGAAGGGGGGCAAAGUGAACUUUGUGGCCAAACCUCUAAAGCUGUGGUAAUUGAUAUUAUUGAAUCUGAACUGGGAAGUGUUCAUGAUGUAUAAGAUUUAAAUGUAAAUAGCUUUAGGCCAAAACUUAGCUACUCAUGUAUUUACUUGAAGUACAAUAGUUAAGUAAUUUUGUACAGUAAAAAGAAAUUUUGUUGAAAGCUUUAUAUAAAUACAUGUUAUGCUGCAAAGUUGUGUUUGUAUUUAAAAUCAGAUGUUGACACUAAAAUUACGUGCAUUUAGUUAUUAAUUGCAUUUAAAAAAUAAUUUGGACAUAAUAAAAUCUAUUUCGUUGAAAGGCAAAUGUUUGUUAU